CAGGACUCCUGGGUUCUCUCCCCAGGGCGGGAGCCAGGACACGUGUGGGGAGGAGCCCAGUGGUGGGGGGCGGGGCUAGGCUACCUGGCUGGCUGUGGGCGGGGGCCUGGCUCGGAGGCUCCACCCCCGGUGGGCGGGGCCCCAGCAGGGCUAUAUCUGGGUGCCCAGGUGCGGGUGGGCUCAGAUGGGGCUGGGCAUGGCCGAGGGGCAGGGCGCGGCGGGGGGUGACCCCCCGGACAAGGUGAAGCGCCCCAUGAACGCCUUCAUGGUGUGGUCCAGCGGGCAGCGCCGGCGCCUGGCCCAGGAGCACCCCAAGAUGCACAACUCGGAGAUCUCCAAGCGCCUGGGGGCCGCCUGGCGCCGGCUGCCCGAGGCCGAGAAACGCCCCUUCGUGGAGGAAGCCAAGCGGCUCCGGGCCCGGCACAUGAGGGACUAUCCCGACUACAAGUACCGGCCCAGACGCAAGGGCCGGGCCCCCGCCAAGGAGCCGCCGGCCGGGGGCUACCCGCAGCCGCCCGCGGCCCGGGCCUGGGGCUACAGCGAGCCCCUGGGCUACCAGCCGGCCCGUUACCCACCGUGUCCGGCCGCCGCGGGAUACGGGAAUGCUGCCGCCACUGCAGGGUACAGCGGCUUCUCCUACGGCCCCCCGGCCCUGACGCCCUACAAGCAGGACCCUGCCCCCCACCCGCCGGGGGUGCUGCCGGCCGACUUCCGCGACAUGAUGGCGGCCUACGGCCUGCAGGCCUGCGACAUGGGCGAGGGCUUCCCCCAGCCGCCCUACGAGCCCCCCGGGCCGGUGCCACUGAUGCCCCUCUAGCCCGGGGGGGGCCGGGACUGAGGGGGGUGGGGCCUUUUUAUACAGAAAGAAGAAAAACCUCCAGGAGGAGCAAAGUUUGGGGGGGAUGUUGUGGGGAGGGCUCCCAGGGGCAGGGUGGAGGCUCCCCCCUUUGCCCCCCAGCUCCCCCCUUCUCUGUCCCCCAUGGUAAAGUCACCCCCUCUAUUAACCCUUUGCUGGCCGCUGUCCCCUCAGCAUGGGAGUCGCAAAGGGGGGAGGGAGUUGGGGGCCUGCAGAAGUCGGGGGGGCUGAAAGGGAGGGGCGGGGCGGACUGGGGGGGGCUGUGUGUCUUAAUGCUGUUUACCAAGGUAUUUUGUAAAGAGAAUAAAGCUGGUUCCUAGAGGCGGCCGCCAGCCCAGCGGGUUACUGGGGGGGGGGGCAAUGGAGAGAGGAGAUGCUGGGGGGGGGGCAGGAAACGGAUCGAACCUCCCCCCCUCCCAAAAUCCUGCAGGGUUUGACAGCCGC